AGCUUCCAAGCGUCCCGUGCCAGGCACGUACACUGCGAGCACUUGAGUCGCUCUGGUAUGCUUGGCAAAGGAAAGGCUUCCUUGCUCAUCUGUAAGGUGUAGAAAUGCUGUGUGGUCGCGUGAGGUCUGAUUUGAGAUGCGACGUCAGGGCGCGACCCACGACCGACACCUCAUUGAAGGCUCAUCCACCUUGGACGCUUGACUCUUUGUCUGCAGCUGACAAUGUCUCCUUGAACAGCUCAUACUAGACUGAAAUGGAUGCUUUGCUUGCGCGAGCUUCCUACCAGUUCACGACCUUUGCUAUCCGCUCAGGCAUCUCCAUUGCUGGCGGCUAUGCCAUCAAACAAGUAUCGACUUACAUCGCGAAACAGCCACAAGACUUGCACAAGCGCGAGCUGGAGCUUCUAUCGAAACGGCUCGAUCAGAAGAUCAAGAUUGUCACGCCAGCCAUUGAUCUGAUUGAGAUUAUCGCCGCACGCGGCAACACAACGCUCAAUAGUACGGUGCAGCUGACAGUGUCUCUGCGCAACGACAUUAAUGACUUUGGCCAACGAAUGAAUGAAACUAUGAAUAAUGUAAAAGGGGUAAGUGGAAAAGAGCAGACUGUCGCAAUUAUUGAAGACAUGAAAUUGUUGCUUGCUCGCAUCGAAGACGCAGUUCCUCUCAUCAGUCUAGCUCUCACGACGUCUGGUGCAAACUUGUCGGCAUCCUUGCCGGAGACUGUCUCUCCCUCUAGAUUGCUGCAGGCCUCGUCCUUCCUGCAAAAUGGCGACUUGCAAUUCAGUCAGACCAGAAUCGAGACUCAAAUUGGACCAUCCUUUCCACUCAAGCUCUAUACCAUCUUUGAAGGACACUCACGAAGGGACCCCAAUCUCUCAGACAUCACUUGGCAAGAGACGUAUGCCAAGGCAAUCUUUGAAGUUUUUCGUAUGCCCAUGGCAGCUGAUGUGGCGCAUGAUCAAGGCAAGCCUAUUGAGCAUCCGCUCGAGUAUCUUUACCACUUCCGCGUCACUGAAGACCUCAAUGAUGGGCGUUAUCACGAAGAGCUGGAGUCGGGAGAGUAUAAGCGAGAUGCACAAGGAUUCAUACGCGGUGCUUCGAGGGACAUUCCUGUGCACAAUGUCGCUCGUCUGUUUUUCAGCGCUUCUGGUCGCCUGCUCAACAUUGAAGAAGCAAGAACGCCUGUGCUCGUGCUCAAGAUCAAUCACGCUCUGCCAGGUCCGUCUGCUCUGAUCAGGUCAAUCUUUGCGAAUCAAUACGGAGAGGACAAACCCAGCACGCCAGAGUCUGACGAACCACCGGACGGCGCAAGAGUGCCACAGGUCCAAUCUGAGGACGAUUUGGAGUGGGUCGCACUGGAGAUGUGGUCUGAAGAAGUUGAAGAUGCCGAAUCAGACGAUGAGGCCUCUUCUGAUGCCUCUGAAGAAUCCCAAGAAGACCGUCCCGACUCUGCGGAUACUGAAACCCUGGACGAGCUGGCUAUGCAGAUGCAAGUGCUCAACAUGUCGGCCAAGACACAGCAAGUCUCGUCGAAAACUGGAGCAGCCCAUGCAGAUGUUGCCACGUUGUCCCUCCUCGAGUAUAUCCUCCGUUUAGCUGCCUUGCAGACUAGUGAACAAACGUCGCUCCUAUCCAUCUCGGACGAGCGCAUCUCGCUCUUCUUGAGAGACGAUUCUCGUCGUUCAAGUUCGCGUCGUCGCACAUCUGAUCGACAGGUAGCAGAGCCACGUUCACGCAGUGACAGGCACGAUACGCCUGCGAGUGCGGCUAGUUUCGAUGAAUUCAUACCCGGCACACAACGCAGACCUCGCUAUCGAUCAACUCAUGAAAGUGGUGGCAAAGAAGAACGGCGAUCGGCAUCGAGAAAGGAUAGUCGACGAGACUCUGAUGUGCACACGCCCGCUGUGCGUGCUCGUGCACAUUUUGCAGGGGAUGAUUCCUUGCCUGCGUACAAGGGAACGCCUGCAGCUGGUCUGUUGCAAGAGAUGCCGUUGUCGAGUUCUUUGCCCGUUCAGACAUCGGUGAAUGAGGCUCUCGGGGACACUUCUCCACUAGCAAGGCAUGCGGACCGUCCUGUACAGCCUCUGGCACACCGCCUCUUGCGAUGGCCGCGUGCAGUCUCCCGCCCUACAGGCAAAGGAGCAGCAGAAGUUGAGGAAGACAAUCCAUUCAAAUAGCAUAGCGGAAGCAAUCGUUUCAUUCUAAAAAUGUUGUUUAUGCCAAACUUAAGAGAUAGCUCUACCAGCAUCAUUAAAGAAAAGAGGGAUAAUAGGUGAAUGCAGGCCAGCGCCGAGAAUACCAAAAAAAAAUAGGCCAAAAGUGUGUCUUUG